AAAAUAUCCAUUAAUGAUAGAUUAGUUAACUUUUUUUCAAGAGAAAUUGAAUUAAAAGACAAAGAUGUAAUUAAAAUAAAUAAUUAUGAAAUAAAGUAUGAAAAAAUUGGUAAUGGUAAUGGUGUCGAAAUUCAACCGGAGAAUAACCUCGAAUCUGACAGCUCAAGUGAAAGUUCAAGUGAAAGUUCAAGUGAAAUUGAAGUUGAAAUCAAUACAAAAAAAAAAACAAGAAAAAUGAAGAAAAGAAAAAGAUCAAAAGUCAUCAAACAUGCCAGUUUAAAUACAUAA